AUGCCGCUAAAAGUAGCAGUAGCGUUUUUAGUGGCACUACUAUUUGUGAACACAGUUGCAGAGGAUCCUUACAGAUUCUUUGAAUCGAAUGUUACUUAUGGCACGAUUUGGCCACUAGGUCUUCCUCAACAGGGAAUUCUGAUCAAUGGCCGAUUCCCUGGUCCUGAUAUUUACUCUCUCACCAACGACAACGUUAUAAUCAACGUCUUCAAAGGCUUGGAUGAGCCUUUUCUACUUUCCUGGAAUGGAGUGCAAAAUAGGAGAAACUCAUACGAAGACGGAGUAUGGGGAACGACGUGCCCAAUACCACCAGGAAAGAAUUUCACAUACAUUUUGCAAAUGAAGGAUCAAAUAGGGAGCUUUCACUACUUCCCUUCUCUUGCAUUCCACAAAGCUGCCGGUGGUUUUGGAGGCAUCAGGAUCCUCAGUAGGCCUUUUAUCGCUGUUCCAUUCCCCGAUCCCUCUGGCGAUUUCACCGUCCUUAUUGGAGAUUGGUACAGAAAGAAUCCUGCGGACUUGAGAGCAAUUCUUGACAGCGGCUAUGAGCUACCUUUUCCUGAUGGCAUUCUUAUCAAUGGUCGUGGCCCUAAUGGUGCUUUCUUCACAGUUGAGCAAGGAUUAACUUACAGACUGAGGAUAUCCAAUAUUGGAUUGGAAAGUUCACUCAACUUUCGGAUCGAAGGACACAAUAUGACAUUGGUAGAAGUAGAAGGGACACACACCAUGCAAACCACAUAUUCCUCCCUUGAUGUUCAUGUUGGACAAUCCUACUCUGUCCUCAUCACAACUGAUCAAUCUCCUAAAGACUACUACAUUGUUGUUUCAUCACGUUUCACAUCUAAGGUUCUUACUACCACAGGUAUACUUCAUUACAGCAACUCCAACAGCCAGGUCUCCGGCCUGCCCCCUUGUGGUCCAACCAUCGAAAAUGAUUGGUCACUUAACCAGGCCCGUUCUAUCAGGACCAACUUGUCAACUAAUGGACCAAGGCCAAACCUACAAGGUGUAUACCACUAUGGUAUGAUCAACACGACUAGAACUAUAAGACUUGCCAACUCUGUUGGUCAGGUGAAUGGCAAGCAGAGAUAUGCUGUCAAUAGUGUGUCCUUUAUGCCCACUGAUGAUACUCCGUUGAAGCUCGCUGACUACUUCAAAAUUGGGGGAUUUAGUGUGGGAAGCAUAGCCGAUGCCCCCACCAGUGGAGGAAUUUACCUCGGCACAUCUAUGUUAGGCACCGACUAUAGGGCAGUCAUUGAGAUUGUAUUCGAGAACCAAGAGAGAAUCAUUCAGAGUUGGCACCUUGAUGGCUAUGCAUUUUGGGUAGUAGGCAUGGAUGAAGGAGAAUGGAGCCCUGCUAGUAGGGACCAAUACAAUCUUCACGAUGCGGUUUCACGUUGCACAACUCAGGUGUAUCCUCUGUCAUGGACUGCAAUUUAUGUGGCACUUGACAAUGUGGGAAUGUGGAAUCUAAGGUCCGAGUUUUGGGCUCGACAGUACCUCGGACAACAAUUAUACAUGAGAGUUUACACCACAUCAACCUCUUUGCGCGAUGAAUAUCCCGUUCCAAAGAAUGCUCUGCUAUGUGGCAAGGUGGCUGGCAGGCGCACACGUCCUCCUCAGAGAGCAUUGAAAAAUGAAUCAUAUCAAGCAAAGGAAGAACAACAAGGACCUGUUCAGCGAAUGAAUCAUAUUAAGCAAAGCUUGCUUGCUGAAGCUGAUGUGGAGCUCACUGGUCGCUUUGUUUCACGCCUUCGCCGCCUUUUAGGUGAGACAGUUGAAAAAUACAUGAUCUUUGAAAUGAAAUGGGGCCGAAUGCUGCAGAAUGGAAAUAGAAGAUUGUUUUUUGAGCCUUUAACAAGACUAGGCCAUCCCUUGGGGGUGUUAAAACGAAAUGCUUGUCUCCAGAAAAAGCCUGUCAAGAUCGAAGGAAUGGAGAAGUUGGCUGAUAAUAUCUACAAUGGAAACUAA